UACUGUUAAGAUGUGUUUGUGUAGCAAUCAAUAUAGGUUAUAGGCCCAGGACACGCGUAACCGCGAAAGUAUGUGUUAAAAUGAUGAUGAUGAAUUCGGGAAACGCGUCAUUGGAGCAGCCGGUACACAUCAAGAGCGACUUAUGGAACUACGUCUGCGGAAAGUGCAAGAAACCCGAAACGGAGAUGGAAAGCUUGAAUAUGUGGGUCACAAAUGGUCUUAAAACAAGAUCGGACAUCAUCCUGUCGAUUAGCCCCACCGAGCUGAAGCAAGUGAAGCACUGCGGGACAACGCGAGAAAUGUGGAUCCGACUGGAGGAAAUUUACCAAUCGAAAGGUAAGGAAGGCGACAUUGCUGAAAGGCUUGAUACUGCACAAAAUGGCUGAAGGCGACGACGUGAGUGAACACCUGGCGAAUUUCUUCGACUCGGUCGACAAAUUAGGCGACAUGGACGUGAACAUCAAUCCUUAUCUUUUGACGAUCCUUUUGUUGUAUAGCCUGCCAGCCAGUUUUGAACUUUUUCAAUGUGCCAUUGAGUCACGUCACGAAUUGCCUGCGCAGAAAAAUCUUCCGGCGCUAUUGUGGCCAACAAAGAUGGCGGACGGUGCGAUUACGAAGGAAGCAGCCAAGGGUCGAAGGGAGAAACACGCCACUGGGAGUUAAAACUCGAAAAUCCGUUGCUUUAAGUGCCGGCAACUGGGCCACAAGGCGGCCGAGUGUCAACGUAAGCAGGGAAGCGGACUCGACGGACGCGCCAACAACGUGUGUCUACAGGCUUCGUCGCAAGUGCCAACGCAUCGAAGUCGCGACUGGUGUUUGGACAGCGGAGCUACCAGGCAUAUGUGCAACAACAUCGAACUUUUCCGCGAAUUCAGUGAUUGGAAUCGCGGUACGUUAAGCAUCGCGAACGACGCAACUACUGGGACCAUGGGCGAGGGUACAGCACUUUUGCGACGGACGCGACCGGUGAGAGAACUGCAGUUUUGCUAAGCAAGUCCCUACACGUGCGCCACUUGCAUACGAACCUCAUGUCCGUCAGCAAGAUGACCGAUCGCGGGUUCGAAGUGCGUUUUCGAAAAAGACAAGCAGCGAAUCUGGACAAGAAAGGAGGGCUAUGCGUGAAGAGGAUCGGCAAUUUGUGCGCUAAUCAACGAGCGACGCGAGUGUGGCAUUGUCGAGUGCGCGAAACAACCGCGUCACUCUCGAGCUACUACCCUGCACUCACGCAUGGGGCACGUGAACACGAAAGACAUUUCCGACACCGCCCGAAACAACCGCGUGGACAUCGUGAAAUUCAUGAACCCAACAAAAAGUUUCAUUUGUGAUGUAUGCUUACAGGGGAAAAAUGACCAGAAGGGUUCUGGUCAUCUUCCCAAAGAACUCAAACCGGGAAUCGGACCUCUUGGACCUGGUGCACACGGACGUGCGGGGACACAUGAGAACGGAAUCCCUCGGGAGGGCCAGGUACUUCGUCGAGAUCAUCGCCGAGCACUCCAAAUGGUGCGAGGUCAGAUUCCUAAGAUGCAAGUCAGAGGUGUUCAAGGCGACGGCCUCGUGAAAAACCAAAAGGGGAGAACCGUGAAGUGCAUUCAGUCCGACAAUGGUCGUGAGUACACGAGACGUGAGUUCGAGGAUACCUGAAGAAGGCAUCACCAGGCGCCUGACGGUGGCAUAUAAACCAGAGAAAAUCGGCACGGCAGAGAGGAAGAACCGCACCCUCCUGGAUACUGUCCAAUGUCUUCUGGCGAAGUCGGGGUUGCCGGACACGUUCUGGGCCGAGGCGGUGAACACCGCAAACUACCUGCGGAAUCGAUUGCCCACGGCGAGUUUGGCCGGCUGAACGCCGUACGAAGCGUGGACGGGGAAGGUACCGAGCGUCUCCCACCUAAGAGUGUUCGGCAGCAGGGUGUUCUACCUGGAGAGAGGGCUUGGACGCGAACGACGCCGACGGACCUGGAAGAGACCAAGUGGACGACGACGGCAGUCAUCACGUCAGGGCCCCAGGUCGACCCAGGUUUGUUAGGACAGGGCAGCGGGGCAGGCCGAGAAAAGAGUUCCUGACCGUACCAGCUCAGGAAACGACGGACGUCGAUGAUGUCGGACAUACUUUCCUGUUCGAGAUUCCCAUGAAGACGGGGAUGAAGAGCGCGGAUGGAUUACGUGGCGACGGAGAAACGGGUCGCCAACUUUUUGACGAAGGGGCUACCCAAGCACUCGUGGUGUGUGGAGUCCUCAGGGAUCAUCGUCAUCGAGUAGGGGCGCGAGUGAGCGUCCCAAGAAGAACGCGACCCAGGUCCCGAUGGCAAGUGUUAAAGAAGACGGUAGUUCGCACCCUUCCAGGGGCGCAUGUGCUGGACCAGGUAGCGGAUCGUACUUUCUCUCUGCUUGCGACCUCCGUACUGUUAAAACAUCUUAUGUUUGUAU